AUGAAGUUGAUAUAUUUUACUUCCUUUAUUGUUUCCCUUAUUUCACUAGCAAGUUUAGCUGUUGCUAAUACCAAGAACCAUGAGACUGUUUUAUCAUUGGAUCAAUUUUAUGAUGCAUGCAAUUCCAAUUCUUCAUAUACCGUCGUUAAAUAUUUCACAACCUGGUGUUCUCAUUGUAAGAAAUUAGCCCCAGUAUUUGAUGAAUUGUCUGAAAUAUAUCUAAAUGAUGAAACUUCACCAAAUAUUAAGUUUUUAGAUGUUGAUUGUGAUAUGUUUGGCAGCACUAUUUGUGCAAAACUUCCUGGCUUCCCUGUCGUUCAAGUGAUUAAGCCAGCUUCAUCAGUAAUUCAAUCUAAUAAAUCUCCCAAUGAAUAUGAAAAUAGAUCAAUCUUUAAGAGAAUAUUGGACUUUGUCACUUCCAGAUUUGAAAAUCCUAAAUGGACUCUAGAUGAAAAGAGGGUUGUUGAAUUUAGAGGCAGAAGAGAUUUAGAGACUAUGAAUAAAUUCGUUAACCAGGUUAUUUUAAAACAUAAUCAAGAUACUUUAAUUUUGAAUUUAUUAAAGGAUUCUGAAUUUAAAUGUGAAGGUGAACGUGUUAUCUUGUGCAAAGAAGGUAAGAAGUAUUUAAAUGAGAAGUUGGUCAACUUAAAUAAUUUAGAAGAACUUUUGAAAGAAAGGAAAAAGCUUGAGAAUGUUUACAGGAAUAAUAUUGAAUCCAUUGAAAAGAAAAAUGAAGAGGAAGCUAAGGAUAUUAUCAGUGUGUUGGAGAAAAUAUCAUUUAAAUUAUCAAUGAUUGAUCUUUACGAAGAUACGGUGAUAAGAGAAGAUACUAAAGAUGAUGGAGAUUUUGCGGAUAUUGUUCAUGAUGAAUUCUAA